AUGAAUAGAAAUGGCCUUGUAUUUGUUCCACGUGAACCACCAAAACGUGUUAUUCUUUAUCCAACUCAGGAUUCAUCUAAUCAACAGCAGCAACCAAAUGGACUUUAUAUAAGAGCAAAGACAGCUCUUAUAACUAAUCAUCAUAAUGAAACAACCGAACACUCAAAUAAUAAUACUCGUCUUUCGCGACAACAACCAUUCUCUAAUUCACCGAAUAGUACAUCAAAAUUCAUUGAUAGAUCUGAUAAUGAUAGAACAUCAGUUAAUACUUCAGGACAACCAACAUCUUUAAAUGUUGGUCAAAAAAUUCAAAUUCCCUACAAUGCAAAUCCAUUUUUUCGUCCUAAAAUUGUACCGAAUCAACAGCUAAUAACAACAAUAAAUACAAAUUUACCACCACCAUCUCGUGAUUCUUCAAUAGUAUCUACAAAUUCUAAUAUUCAAACAAUAACACCUUCAACAACAACAAUAAUAGCAAACAGAGAAAAACAACCUAUCAAUCUGAAAAUUCAAAAUCCACUUCUUUUAUCAAAUGGACGAACACAAGAUUCUGAAACAACAGCAAUAACGACGACUACAUCUUCUAUACAAGAUGAUAAUCGUCGUUGGGCUCAUUCUGUUCCAUCACCACCCAUUGCAAGACGUGCUGUUAGUGAUGAACGUCCAAAUGGAAUAAUAAAACCAUCAGAAAUAAAUAUAAUAAAUCCAAUAAAUAAUGAUUCUUUCAAACCGAAAGGUACUUCAGCUACAGACAUUGUUAUAUCUCUGAUGGAUACAUGGCGUGCACCAAUAAAUAUUGGAAAUACAUCAGCUAUUAAUAUAUUUCCUCGUACUGGUCUUAUAAAAGAUGAUUCAACAAUACCUGGUCAAACAUCAACUAUAGGUGAACAUUUACCUAAUACACCACCAUUUUUAACUAGUGGUACUUCAUCAACAGCAAGUAAUAAUAAUCAAAAUUGGAAGAAAGCUUUAUUAGCUAAUUUUCAAAAAAAUUCUCGAAAUAUUCCAACAGCAAAAUUAUUUAAUUCUAAACAAACAACAAUAUCAUCACAAACAUCAACUACAUUAAAUAAUGAUACAACAAUAAAUCAACAACAACAAAAAUCUGAACGAACAAUUAUUUAUAAUGGAACUAGUAAUGAACGUACAUUUCAAGCUAGUGAAAAUACACUAAAUAUACAAUCAUUAAUAAGAAAAUCAAGUGAAAAUAUUCAAGUUACAAAACAAGAUGAUAAUAAUAAUAAUAUUGAACGUUCAACAUCAUUACAGAUUCCAGGAUCUGCAUAUUCGAAUCAAAUAAUAACAACAAAUAAAACUGAAGAAACAAUUAAAUCAAUAGAAUUAUCUAAUUCAGAAAAUAUUUCACAUAUGCCUAUAUCGGUUCCAGCUGCAUUAAUUACAGCUAAACCACCAGCUAAUGGUGGUCCAUAA